AUGAUUUGCAAUUUGAAUGCAAAACUUGAGACUUUAAUUGAAAAAUAUCGAAAAAUUGAUACUCAUCAUCAAUCAAAAUUUAGAAGGAAGAGAACAAUUGACGAAAAAUUUCUGGGAAAAAAUUUUCUAAAACGACCGAAAUACUAUUUUAAAGAAAUCGAAAAUUUUAAAUUCGACCUUUUCAAACUGAAUGAGGCGAAUUCAUUAGCUGUUAUCGAUCUUCUAAAUCGAAUAAUACAUAAAAAAAAUGGUUUUCAAAUAGUUAUCGACUGCUUAUCAUGUUGGCAGGAUAUUAUUGGGACGAAUUAUUGCCUUGAAACAAUCGCUAAUGAAUUUAUUCAUUCGAAUGAUGCUGAAGUUUUACAUUCAUGUUUAACACUUCUAAAUCGUUUAUUGCAAUAUGCGCCAAAUGCCGUUGCAAGAAUUCGAAUUGACCACGAAUUAAAAGUUGGCAUAAUCAUCUUUAAAAUUAAAGAUGUUAUUCUUCUGUUUCACAUGACUUCUGUUUUCUACUUCGAUGUUAUAAAGGAAAUAAAUUGCUUUGCUUAUUACCCAUCUAUUGCACUCGCUUAUCAGCUCAACGUUGAUGCAAGAAUUGAUUAUAUACGUGCUUCAAAAUUAAGCGGAUUGUUUGGAAAAUUUAGUCGAUCAAUUGAUGAUCAAAUUGAUUUGUGGAUUACGCAACAUUCAAGAAAUCCACGAAGUUCUUAUGAAGAAAAUGAGGAUAUAAGAUCGGACAGUGGUGAAAGUGACGAAGGGUGUUCAAUGACGAGUACCACAGCAACUUCUGAAUCACUUUCUGGAGAUAAUCGUAGCCAAAUUGAUUUGAUACUAUUACAGCUGAUUAAUAUUCUUAAAGGCGAAACGAAUGCCGUAUGCCUUACAACAAUCGAAGCUAUUUUGUCGGCCAUAUGUAGCCAGACGGAUUGCGACAAAAUUAUGAAUAUUUUGAAGAACGAAGCUGAAAAUCUACAAAAUGCAUCAUCAAAAGUAGUCCAUUCCAUAAAACCAGUGAUCUCAUCGACAGUAUUACCAACAACUGUAGCAUCUCCACCUCCACCACCUCCACCCCCACCACCCCAAACAGUUUUAUUGCCUACAGCUUUAGCCAACGGAUGCCUUCAACCAUCAAAAGGUAUUCAAGCUCCACCUGCACCACCUCCACCUCUAAAUCUGAGGCGUUCGGAUAACGAGAAGAAAAUGGAAAUACCGAAAGCUUUAAGACUUAAGUCAUUACCAAGAGAAGGUGCCAAGCUUAAGCAAAUUCAAUGGACCAAAAUUCCUGCAGAAAAGAUUUUGGAUUUCGAUUCCAAUAAAGUUGAAAAUGUUUGGAUGUCACUGGCUAAACUUCCCGAAAAUGAGUUUUAUUUGAAUUUUGAUGAACUUGAAUCAAUGUUUUCGUGCGGUGAACGAAAUUUCAUCGAUACAACGACAACUUUAGAAAGAAAACAAUCGCGUAAAAAUGAAUCUAUAAGUCUUCUUUGCCAUAAAAGAAGUUUUAAUGUCAGUAUUUUCUUGAGACAAUUCAAAGAAGAAUAUUCACACUACGUGAAAUUUAUGCGAAAUUUAAAACCACAUCUGUGGCCUAUUUACAAAAAUUUCAUCGGUAUAGCGCUAAAAUUCUUAAACUUAACAGGACCAGAACAAGUUAUCGAAAAUAUAAAAGAAGGAAAGGGAGAACUUAUCGGCUAUGAACGUUUGCAUACAUUGCAAACAAUUCUUCCAGAUAAUGAAGAGAUGGAAAUUUUACGAGGUUUUUCGGGUGAUAUAACUCAAUUAGGCCUCGCUGAACAAUUCUUUCUCAAUUUAACAACUGUUAACGAUUAUUCAUUAAAAUUGAAUUGUUUAAUAUUGAAAGAAGAAUUAAAAAAUAUAUUUAAUAUUGUUCAACCACAAAUUGAUAUUAUUUUAACUGCACUAUCAGAAAUAAAAGAUAGCGAAUCACUUCGAAAAAUUUUUUGUAUUCUAUUACAAGUUGGAAAUUUUCUAAAUGCUAAUGGAAAUUGUGGAAAUGCGAUUGGCUUUCGACUUAAUUCUUUAUGGAAAAUUAUUGAUAUGAAAGCAGCAAAACAAAGUUUAACAUUAAUUCAUUUCAUUGCUACGAAAUAA